AUGCCUUGCUACUCGAAUGCACCUGUUCUGUUGCUGCUGCUAGUCCUAUCUUUAUCAGGACAGGCCUUUGCUUGGCAGACCCAACCAAGAUGCCAGCAUAUUCGAAGAAGCGAGAAAAGAUUUCUGGACUCCUCGAGCAAACUGCAGCUCUGCUCGGCAGUGGAUCAGAAUCAGGGUGUUGGGACUCAAUCUAGAUGGAAAGAUGUGGUCAAAUUGGACUUGAAUGACAAUGCCGUUCCCCGUCUACAGCAGCAACUGCACCAACAACAAUCAAAUGAUUCUCUUCUGGACAACAAAUCAGACGAGCCAAUAGCUCUCCAGGUAGAGGGGUAUCUCACAUCACAGCGAGGCUUUGGCAAUUCCUUUUGUUUCUUUGAUAUUUCUCGAAGGGGUGUACAAGUUCCAGUGCAAGCCAUGUUCAAACGGCAAGCCUUUUUGUGCAGCAAUUUCGAUGGAUUCAUGAAAAGUCUGGUGCCCGGUGUACGCCUUUGCAUUACUGGUCCAGUGGCUCCCACCAGGAAUCCGGGAGAGGCAUUGAUAUUGGUGCAAGAUAUGAAGAUACAGGGACUACCUCACAACCCACAGCAUGUCAGGAAACUGCUUCGGUUGGUUAGCGAGGGCUUGUUGGAUGCCAGUGAUCUGGCCAAGGCGACUCAGGUAGACGCCACUGAGCUGGCCAACGAGAUUGAACAAGCGACGAGGAGCCAAACUCCACCGUCGCCCAAGGCUUUUAAUGGCUUGGCCAAACGCAUUCUACUGGAUUUAAAGGAGCAACAUGACAACGACGAGGCAUAUCCAUGUUUUGCUUCAGAUCACAAGUACACGACAAAUUUGCCGUUGGCUCCCCCCGAUAUCCGACAACCUCCUCCUGCGUUCAUUUCAAACAUCCAAGAAGAAUCCUAUUCCAAAGAAGAUCACGACACGCUUAGAAUAGUCUCGGAAUCCAUGUCCGUGCAGGAUGUUCUACUAGAGCAAGACGGGCGCUUGCAAAACAGUUUUGAUGCUGCAUCAAAGAACUCUGUAUCAACCACCACAAUUGACAUGGUCGGGUGGGUUCAAAAUCGUCGGCGAUUUCGGGAUUCUGUCACUGUCUUGGAAGUGGUUGACAGCAUGGUUCCAGUGGGUGCUGCUGCCGACAAUAUUCCUGAUCAGAACCUUGCUGAGGAUCAAAUUGAUGCCCUAUGGAAUCAAAGGCUGAAAUGCGUUAUAAAUCCACAGGUUCUGUUCUGCCAAAACUCCACACGGGCAAACAUGUAUGGCCAGUUGCUCGCUCCAGGCUCCCAAGUGAGGAUGGUGGGAUCCAUUGUGGCGACAGCAGCGCAUGAGAAAACCGGUAACAGCGUACCAUCGGUCAUGUGGGUACAAAAUGUGGAGUUGUUGCACUCCAGCUGGCGACCGAGCUCUGUUCAGUAUCUGAUAGAACAAGCAGUCGCACAAGAAAUCAAGCUGAUAGAAGCUGCUCAAGCUCUCAAGAUACCAAACGAGAAAAUGGGCAGCAUAGUUGCUAUGAAUGAAGCGACGACGAGGGAGUGGGAAGCUGCCGAGAUCUCGAGAAAACUACAACAGCAAGCGAUGGACCUAUCGAGGCAGGUGGGUCCAGAAGCUCUCAAAGUUAUUGAUUGCUACGCAUACCUGCGAGAACAGUAUCCAAUUCACGACGUUGCGGAUAACCCGAAAGCUGCUCUAGAGGCCACUGACUUUAUGUCGAAUCGAAGCAAUCGGUGGAAGCGAAAAAAAGAACCCCAAUUGGAUUGCAUGUCCCAACAGGUAGUUGACGUUUUGCAGCGUCGCCACAGCAGCAACGAUACCAUUCGAAUCCUUGAUUGCGGGGGAGGCAAGGGAUUUCUGGCCAACCACCUGGCGAGGACUCUCGGGAAUUUGGGAUUUGAUGUACGGAUUCUAGUUGUCGAUGUUGCCGAGAGCGCCAUCAAGAAUGGAAGAAGGCGGACGGAGAAUCAAAAUCUGACCGAUAUUGUGGAAUACGUUUUGGCAGACGCCAGCACCGUCGACGUGAGCAGCUACAUUGAUGGCGUGGACCUCGUGGUGGCACUUCAUGCAUGUGGUGCUUUGACGGAUGUUGCCUUAGGACAUGCAAUCAACCACGAAGCAUCGUUCGUUAUCUGCCCUUGCUGCUUUUGUUCCAAUCCGAGCUUACGAGUACCACACCAAAAUCGGCGAAAUGCGACCCAAGAAUCGAAGAAGCUGCUUCCGGUGGAUGAAUGGUUGAACAUCGACUCUCGACGAUUCGAUCUAUUGAAGGGUCUGGCUGAGCUCCAGAGUGAUAUUACGUUGUCGAACCAAGCGGUACAUACGAUUUGCGGGAUGCGUCUGGCAGCAGCUGAGCGAAACACAGCGGUCCCAAUGAAGCUAUCGCUUCGAGCAUUCCCUGUCGCUUUCUCUACUCGAAAUUUCUGUCUUAUUGGAGAGACAAGAUCAUAG